UGAUUCAGAGGCUUGUGGAACUUAAGCCGAGAAGCGCAUUGGAAGCGCAGCUGCAGCUGGCAUUAUCAGCAGAAAAUAGUAGUAUUUUUUUCAAUCCGGAUCGAGAAUCGACUCAGCAAAGUUCGGUUUAGCAAAUAGCAGAAUUUCGCCAGGAAUAUGUCUACGCGUCAAGUGAUCUCGUGGCGCAUCUACGUGUAUGCCAAUUCUUUGUACUCGCUGCCACCACGGCAGACGCGCAGCUUCCGCGAGUGGAGCCCUCAGGCGCUCAGAAACGAUCCGUGUGCGAUUCAUCGCAUCAUGGACUGGGCGAACCGCGAUACAUCUGUGGUCGUACGCAGCAGCGAGGCGGAGAUGGUGAAAGCUUACGAGGCGGUGCACGGCAUGCUGUCGCAUGUCAGCAUGCAGAGCCCCGAGUUCCAGAACACUUUGCUUACCUUCUUUGGGCCCAAGACAAAUCAGUUUAUCCACGAGCUGAUCAACUUUGCCCGCUCGCCGUACGACGAUCCGAUCGCCUACGAGUUGAACGUAAAGUAUCGCGCUGUGCACGAUGUGCCGGAUGAUGGAAAUGAUGUGGAAAUGCCGUGCACCUCGGCGGAGGCUCUUAAAAAGGAGCAGGCGAGGGCAGUGCGGCAUAGCUUUGUGGAGUUCGCCACUCGCAUGAAUAACGAUGACUGUCUUAGCUUCGACGCGGACAUGAAGCUCGAGGAAGAAGAUUGCUACGCCAUAGACGAGUUGGUCGUCAGCAGGGCUCAGAGAAGCAGUCCCGCGCUAAUAGGCCUUUCGGAAGCGGUGGCUGCUGGAUAUGCUCAGAUGCCCGAACCGCAACAGCUGUCGCCAAUACAAGAGCAGCCACAGCAGCAACAGCAGCAGCAGCAUUCGGACCCUGCUUUGCAGGAGGCCCUAGCAAGGAGCGUGUUGGAUGUGGGUGGCAAUCGUCAGCGGAUGCGGUUGCAGCGCUGGCUUCCGGCAUCGCAGCCCUCGGGAACGCUCCCGAACUGGAUGGCAGUUCGGGCUGAGCUGGAAGCUCGAAGGACUUUGGCUAAUUCUGCUUCUUCUACGGGUUCUAUUAGACGCACGCGCAGAAACGCCGUUGACCACGAGGCAGCUUGGGCCAAUAUUGCAGUGCCUAGGUUCAGUCGGGACUAACCCGAUCUUUGGUUAUAAUUACAUUUCAUUAUCUCGUUUGCUUCGCAAUAGCCCACAUACUAUAUCACACAACGAACUCUACGAAUUCCAAAUUAUUAAUACGCACAAAGGGCUCUAGGACCCUUCAUCAAAAAUUGAUAACGCCCAUCCGAAUGGCAACUGUAACCAUGACGGUAUUGGAUAACUGAAAACGGAUUGGCCAUCAAUAAAAGGGCGAACCGUAGAAAACGGUGUACCAAAUAUGCCUCCAACGCAUAUUUUGUGCUUCGCAACACGGCACGGUCCUUUGUCUUAAUUUUUCGAGAAUAAAAAGGUAGCUCCUGCCACACCACGCCCCCGCUCCACCUCUAUCCCAUGUCACACGGCGUCGAGUCCGGGCCCCGGCUGGUUGGCAGCGCAUGAAAAAUUGAAUUACACGCACUUUUGCGCAUAAACGAGAGAAGAAAUAAAAAAAAAAUUUGAACAAAACAAAAAAAAUUAAGAACCGAUUACCAUCGAUGUACAAAUACCCUUUCAGU